UUCAGCUGACUUCAGACAUUCACUGAAGUUUCCUUGUCCAAGUUUUAGUUCCUGCUGAAAAUAGCAACAUGUUCGGACGAUGUGUUGUUCUGCUGCUCUGCGCCCUCGCUGCUGUUUCCCUCGCAGCGCCGCUCCAAACAAGUGCUCCAGAAGAUGAGAGAAUCGCAGCUCUGAUGAAACACCUGAAUGAGGAAGCUACAGACAAACCUAUGACCUCACAGCCAGACUCUGAUGAGACAACUGAGAUCCCAGUCGACUCAGAUGAAGCUGACUCAGAUGCUUCCAUGACUGAAGCUCCAGAAUCUGCUGAAGCCUCUGAGAUUUCAGUGGAGAAAGAAGAAAGUGAUGCAGAUUCUUCUGUGGCUGAAAGUGAUGAAAGCAAAGACACUUCUGAGAAAACUACAGAUUCUGCUGAAUCAGAUGAGAAAACAGAUUCACCGUUUCAGCCCAGUUCAGUGGAGAGUGAUGGGACAUCGUCCAUGAUGAAGAGCUCUGAAGAUGACGACGCUUCCAGUAAAAGUGUUUCAGAAUCAUCUGAGGAAACAACUGCUUCAGAUGAGGACAUUGAACUGAAGUUAGACUCCCAGGUUGUUGGUGAUAAUCCUGAAACCUCUGAGGAGAAAUCUGAAGGUGAUCCUGAUGAAGGCCCUGAUGAUGUGGCAGCAGUUCUGUCUGAAGAGCUCGACAGCAACUCGUCAGAGGAAAACUCAGAAACUACUACUGAACCCAAAAGUGGUGAAACAUCAGAGGAGGAAUCAGAAACUGCUUCUGAAGACAAAGACAGCAAGUCUGAGGAAAAACCUGAUGUUGCUUCUGAUCCGAUGAUCGUGUCAGACGAGGACACAAAAGAAUUCCACAGCCUUGAAAAAAUGGAAGUAACUGAUGAUUCAGCGCCUGAAACUGAUCCGACCUCCGAUAUGGAAAACGACGAGUUUGAAGAAGAGCUUAAAGUUGAAGUGGGCGAUGAAACAACUGAUUCUAAAGAUGAGGAUGAACUGAGUGACGACGCUGAUCUGACUGACAGCGACACUCCAGAUGAUGACGACAAGAAGGAAUCAGAUGAAGUCACUGACAAAGAUGUGGGCACUAACAACUUAGCUCUGGAAGUCGAGAAGGAGGCUACAGACGUGGCAUCAAAUGAGGAAGAUGUACAGGAUGAGGACGGCGACGAGAAAGAGGCAGCAGAGGACGCCCAGGCGAUAGAGGAGGAGAUGGAUGAAGACGAGGGCGCGACCUCAGAAAGCGACAGCGAGGAUGAAGAUCAAACCGACAGCGAGGUUCCGCGUGAUGGAGAAACUGAUACGAACCAAACCGACAGCAAGGCAGAGAAAGACGAAGACGAGCUGGCGAUUCUCGACGAAGAGAUGUUUGAAGAUGACUCUCAGACUGAGGAGCCGGACAACCUGGGUCCAAACACGCCCGACUCCACCGAAGCACAAACGUCUGACAUGGACCUACUUGAUGACUCCACUCCCGCAGCUGGGAGCCAGACGCCCAGUCUCUGAAGCUCUCUGAUGACAGAAUGGCGCUCCGGUGUCUCCAUGGUGAUUUACUGCUGCCAUGACAACAACAAACUAACCUGAAACUAAACUCAGCUGUCUCUUUGUUUUGUGUCUUUUUGAUUUGAGGCUGCCUUUGUUUUUUAUAAAGAGAUAUUAGUAAAUAUCUUCUUUCUCCUCCUUGUUCUUCUCUGGGGUCUCUUUUAACUUUAGCUCAUUUUCUCGCCUGUCUGCAGAAAUAUUAUCCCCAGCUGCUGAUCUUAGAUCUGCUCUGUGGGUCUGAUUUCACACAUUAAUGUGUACAUACAGACAACCGUUUACUUUACAAACAUUAAUGAUUAUUUUUACAAGAAAUUGAUGAAUGUCAAGUCCUUCACUGUACACAGAAAUUGGCUAAUAAAGUGUGAACUGUCAGAAACUGCCUGAAUUUUUUCUGAGAAUAAAAAGUCUGUUUUUCUUAA